AUGCUCAGGUCAGCAGCUCUUUUAUUCAACCUUUCACGUCGACAUUGUGCCAAUGCUCGUUUAUCGUUGACGACACGAUCGAGACCACUUCGUCCUGCUGCUGCUACUACUACUACUCGAUUCGUUGCAUGGCGAUCAUUGAGCUACACUCGUCCUAUCCAUGACGCCGCCGACACGGGCAAUGUCACCAAAGAAGCCAGUAUUGAGAAUGGACUCACAAUCUCGGACAAGGCUCUCAAGCAACUGAAAUAUAUUGCCGAGCGAGACAAUGACCCCGACAUGAUGUUGAGGAUAUUGGUGGAUUCAGGAGGAUGCCAUGGUUAUCAAAACAAGAUUGAAAUUACACAUACCCUUGAAGAAGAUGACACCGUAUUCGUAAAGGACGGAGUCAAGGUGGUGGUCGAUUCGAUUUCGAUGCAAUUCAUUCGAGGAUCUACUGUGGACUUUGUACAAGAAUUGAUUGGAUCCACUUUCCAAGUCGUUGACAAUCCCAAUGCAAAGAAUAGCUGUGGCUGCAACAUUUCGUAUGAUAUCGACCUUGAUAUGCUUACUCAGAACUAG